AUGUCUGUUGAAAAUUAUACUACUUUAGGGGAAUCUGGCCUCAGCAUUUCCAAAAUUAUUGUGGGAUGCAUGUCCUUUGGGUCUUCUCAGUGGAUGGAUUGGAUAAUUGAAGAUGAAGACAAAGUCAUGGAAAUUUUGUAUAAAUGCUACCAAUCAGGUCUUACAACAUUUGAUACUGCUGACGUGUACUCCAACGGUCUUUCUGAAAAAUUGUUGGGGAAAUUUAUAAAGAAAUAUAAUAUCCCAAGAGGAGAAAUAGUCAUCUUAACAAAAUGCUUCUUUCCAACUGAUCCACAAAACUUGUCGUUGAAAGUGGGCCCAACCACUCGUACUUUCCAUUUGAACAAUGGAGGAUUGUCACGUAAACAUAUUAUUCAAGCCGCCAGAGACUCUGUUGAAAGAUUGGGCACAUACAUUGAUGUUUUACAAAUUCAUAGAAUUGACAAAACUCCUAAGCGUGAAAUCAUGAAAGCGUUAAAUGACGUGGUGGAUGAAGGAUUGGCACGCUACAUUGGAGGCUCAGCAAUGAAGGCUUUUGAAUUUGUGGAGUUGCAAGCACUUGCCGAGAGUAAUGGAUGGCAUAAGUUCAUUUCAAUGCAGAAUUAUUACAAUUUGUUGUAUAGGGAGCAGGAAAGAGAGAUGAUUCCAUUUUGUCAGGAUAAUACUACUCUUGGGAAAGUUGCUUGUAUUCCUUAUUCUCCUCUAGCUCGUGGUCUAUUAGGAAAACCAGUGAAAUCAGAAACAUCAACAAGAAGCAGAAGUGAUGGACAUAAAAAGGCUGGGCAAUUGUAUUUCACAGAGGGGGAAGGUGCUGAUAUUGAAAUUAUCAAUCGUGUUGAGGAAAUUGCAAGAAAGAGAGGAGUAUCUAUGGCCAAUGUCUCUAUUGCAUGGGUCCUAUCAAAAGGCUGUUUCCCAAUCAUUGGAUUUAACUCUGUUGAAAGAGUGGAAGAUGCGGUCAAUUCUUUUAGUUUGGAAUUAACAAAAGAUGAAAUCGAGUAUUUGGAAAAGCCUUAUGUUCCAAAACCUUCUGUUACUUAG